UUCACUGGACGACGGAUCACCGUUGGUGUACCCACCCCUGGCUGAUCAACGUCGGAGUGCUUUUCCUCUUACGAGACCUGUUCAUCCUUCUUCGGGCUACAAGAAGGCGGAGGAUGAGAUGUCCCGGGCCACGUCUGUGGGAGACCAGCUGGAUGCACCAGCCCGCACCAUUUACCUCAACCAGCAGCAUCUCAACAAAUUCCGGGACAACCAGAUCAGUACCGCCAAGUACAGCGUGUUGACGUUUCUACCUCGAUUCUUGUAUGAGCAGAUUAGAAGAGCUGCUAACGCCUUCUUCCUCUUCAUUGCCUUAUUACAGCAAAUUCCAGAUGUAUCUCCAACAGGAAGAUACACCACCCUGGUGCCAUUGAUCAUUAUUUUAACAAUUGCAGGCAUCAAAGAGAUUAUAGAAGAUUUUAAGCGGCAUAAAGCAGACAAUGCAGUUAACAAAAAGAAAACAAUAGUGUUAAGAAAUGGUAUGUGGCAUACCAUUAUGUGGAAAGAGGUGGCGGUGGGGGACAUCGUGAAGGUCGUCAACGGGCAGUAUCUCCCAGCAGACAUGGUCCUGCUAUCCUCCAGUGAACCUCAGGCAAUGUGUUACGUUGAAACAGCUAAUCUAGAUGGGGAGACGAACCUUAAAAUACGUCAGGGUUUGAGUCACACUGCUGACAUGCAAACAAGGGAAGUAUUGAUGAAGUUAUCUGGCACGAUAGAAUGUGAGGGACCCAACCGCCACCUCUAUGACUUCACUGGAAACUUGCACGUAGAUGGGAAAAGCCCUGUUCCCCUUGGGCCCGACCAGAUCUUAUUAAGAGGUACACAGCUUAGAAACACUCAGUGGGUCUUUGGCAUAGUUGUUUAUACUGGACACGACACCAAACUCAUGCAGAAUUCCACAAAAGCACCUCUCAAAAGAUCGAAUGUUGAGAAGGUGACCAACGUGCAGAUCCUGGUGCUGUUUGGCAUCCUUCUGGUCAUGGCCUUGGUGAGCUCAGUGGGCGCCCUGUACUGGAAUGGGUCGCAAGGAGGAAAGAACUGGUACAUCAAGAAGAUGGACACAACCUCGGAUAAUUUCGGAUAUAACUUGUUGACCUUCAUCAUCUUGUACAACAAUCUUAUUCCCAUCAGUCUGUUGGUGACUCUUGAGGUCGUGAAGUACACUCAAGCCCUUUUUAUAAACUGGGACACGGAUAUGUAUUAUCUGGGAAACGACACCCCUGCGAUGGCCAGGACCUCAAACCUCAACGAAGAGCUGGGGCAGGUGAAAUACCUAUUUUCUGAUAAAACUGGAACUCUUACGUGCAAUAUCAUGAACUUCAAGAAGUGUAGCAUUGCUGGGGUAACCUAUGGUCAUUUUCCAGAACUGACAAGAGAACCAUCCUCAGAUGAUUUUUGUGGAGCCAUGAGGAUGGAUCAGGAUCCUCGAAGAGGCAUGCAUUUCAGGAAGGAACCUACCUACCUUAGAGAAACCUCGGCAUUAAAAGAAUCUGAGGACCAGGAGGCCUGGUAUUUGAAUCCGGGGCUUCGAACAUCAUCCUUACAUGCUAGCCCGAGUGGGCAGCCCACAGCUCCGUGCAUCCAGGAGUUCCUCACCCUUCUGGCCGUGUGCCACACUGUCGUCCCUGAGAAGGAUGGAGAUAACAUCAUCUACCAGGCUUCCUCCCCAGAUGAAGCCGCUUUGGUGAAGGGAGCCCGGAAGCUGGGUUUUGUCUUCACGGCCAGAACGCCAUAUUCGGUCAUCAUAGAAGCUAUGGGACAGGAACAGACAUUUGGAAUCCUUAACGUCCUGGAAUUUUCUAGUGACAGAAAAAGAAUGUCUGUAAUUGUUCGAACUCCUUCAGGCCAACUGCGACUCUAUUGUAAGGGGGCUGAUAAUGUCAUUUUUGAGAGACUUUCAAAAGAUUCAAAAUACAUGGAAGAAACACUGUGCCACCUGGAAUAUUUUGCCACGGAAGGCUUGAGGACUCUCUGUGUGGCUUACGCCGACCUCUCUGAGCAGGAGUAUGAGGAGUGGCUGCAAGUCUAUCAGGAAGCCAGCACCAUCUUGAAAGACCGAGCUCAGCGGUUGGAAGAGUGCUACGAGAUCAUAGAGAAGAAUUUACUGUUACUUGGAGCCACAGCCAUAGAAGAUCGCCUUCAGGCAGGCGUGCCGGAAACCAUAGCAACGCUCCUCAAGGCAGAGAUCAAAAUAUGGGUGUUGACGGGAGACAAACAAGAAACUGCAAUUAAUAUAGGAUAUUCCUGCCGACUGGUGUCCCAGAACAUGGCCCUCAUCCUAUUGAAGGAGGAUUCUCUGGAUGCAACUCGGGCAGCCAUUACGCAGCACUGCACCGACCUCGGGCAUCUGUUGGGCAAGGAGAACGACGUUGCCCUCAUCAUUGAUGGCCACACCCUCAAGUACGCACUCUCCUUUGAAGUCCGGAGAAGCUUCCUGGAUUUGGCGCUUUCGUGUAAGGCGGUCAUAUGCUGCAGAGUGUCUCCCCUGCAGAAGUCUGAGAUCGUGGACGUGGUUAAGAAGCGGGUAAAGGCCAUCACCCUUGCCAUCGGGGACGGUGCCAACGACGUUGGGAUGAUCCAGACGGCCCAUGUGGGUGUGGGGAUCAGCGGCAACGAGGGCAUGCAGGCCACCAACAACUCGGAUUAUGCCAUCGCGCAGUUUUCCUACUUGGAGAAGCUCCUGUUGGUGCACGGGGCCUGGAGCUACAACCGUGUCACCAAGUGCAUAUUGUACUGCUUCUACAAGAACGUGGUCCUCUACAUUAUCGAGCUUUGGUUCGCCUUUGUUAAUGGAUUUUCUGGGCAGAUUUUAUUUGAACGUUGGUGCAUCGGCUUGUACAAUGUGAUCUUCACAGCCUUGCCGCCCUUCACUCUGGGAAUCUUCGAGAGGUCCUGCACCCAGGAGAGCAUGCUCAGGUUCCCACAGCUCUACAAAAUCACCCAGAACGCCGAAGGCUUCAACACGAAGGUUUUCUGGGGUCACUGCAUCAACGCCUUGGUCCACUCCCUCAUCCUCUUCUGGUUUCCCAUGAAGGCACUGGAACAUGAUACUCCAUUGGCCAGUGGCCAGGCCACAGACUAUUUAUUUGUUGGAAAUAUUGUUUACACGUAUGUUGUUGUCACUGUGUGUCUGAAAGCUGGCUUAGAGACCACAGCUUGGACCAAGUUCAGUCAUCUGGCCGUCUGGGGAAGCAUGCUGAUCUGGCUUGUGUUUUUCGGUGUCUACUCCACCAUCUGGCCCACCAUCCCCAUUGCUCCAGAUAUGAAAGGACAGGCAACCAUGGUCCUGAGCUCCGCACACUUCUGGUUGGGAUUAUUUCUGGUUCCCACGGCAUGUUUGAUCGAAGAUGUGGCGUGGAGAGCGGCCAAGCAUACCUGCAAAAAAACGUUGCUGGAGGAGGUGCAGGAGCUGGAAACGAAGGCCAGAGUGAUGGGGAAAGCGAUGCUACGGGACAGUAACGGAAAGAGGAUGAACGAACGUGACCGCCUCCUGAAAAGGCUCAGCAGGAAGACGCCCCCCACUCUCUUCCGAGGAGGCUCCCUCCAGCAGAGUGUCCCCCACGGGUACGCCUUCUCUCAAGAAGAACAUGGAGCUGUUACUCAGGAAGAAAUAGUCCGCGCUUAUGACACCACCAAAAAGAAAUGCAGGAAGAAAUAAGACGUGAGUUGUUCUGAUUGGUCCCAGGAAAGACAGACGGUUUGUGGCACCCAGUGUUAACACAUCUGUGUCAGGAGAGACUGGUGUCAGCAGCCAAAACACCCUACGACACAUUUCCGUGGCCUUAGCCAGCCGGUUUGUUAGUUAUACAGCCGCUCACAAACCCGUGGUAGAUGCCACGGGGAAGCCAUCUUCUCCCCGUCCUGCGUGUCUGCAGUGCUUGGCCGAACUUCCGUUCACCUUGUUAUGAAGCAGCCAGCUGUGCUCUGUGAGGCGUGAAAUUAAAGACGUUAUGUUUCACCAAUA